CAAAAGGGAUCGGAUGGCUCCUGUUCAAACCAGUGGCCAAAUUAUGAGGAAAAACCACACAUGCACACAGAAAGUGAUCAUGCCAGUAUUGCAAUCCAGCGUGUUACCCGUUCCCAGGAAGAGCUUCGGGAAGAGAAGGUUUACCAACUUGAGCGGCAUCGAGCAGAGUCAGGCAUGGAUCGCAAGUGUGACAGUGAUAUGUGGAUCAAUCAGAGCUCCUCAGUGGAAUCUAGCACGUCUAGCCAGGAGCACCUGAACCAUUCCUCCAAGUCAGUUACCCCUGCUUCCACUCUGACCAAGAGUGGUCCUGGUCGUUGGAAAACCCCAGCAGCUGUGCUCCCCACCCCUGUGGCUGUUUCCCAACCCAUUCGAACAGACCUCCCUCCACCACCACCUCCACCACCUGCCCACUACACCAGUGAUUUUGAUGGUAUUUCAAUGGAUUUGCCCCUCCCACCUCCUCCUGCCAACCAAGCAGCUCCCCAGUCUGCUCAGGUGGCUGCUGCAGAGAGGAAAAAGAGAGAGGAGCAUCAGAGGUGGUAUGAAAAAGAGAAGGCCCGCCUGGAGGAGGAACGAGAGAGAAAGCGCAGGGAGCAAGAGAGGAAGUUGGGGCAGAUGCGCACUCAGUCCCUGAACCCUGCUUCCUUCUCUCCUUUGGCCACACAGGCCAAGCCAGAAAAGCCUUCCACACUGCAGAGGCCCCAAGAAACGGUCAUUCGGGAGCUGCAGCCCCAGCAGCAGCCCCGUACUAUUGAGCGCAGGGAUCUACAGUACAUAACCAUCAGUAAAGAGGAGCUGUCCUCUGGGGAUAGUCUGUCUCCAGACCCCUGGAAACGAGAUGCCAGGGAGAAGCUGGAGAAGCAACAGCAAAUGCACAUUGUGGACAUGCUAAGCAAGGAGAUCCAUGAGCUGCAAAACAAGGGGGACCGUACUGCAGAGGAGAGUGACCGCCUGCGGAAGCUUAUGCUGGAGUGGCAGUUCCAGAAGAGACUACAGGAGUCCAAGCAGAAGGAUGAGGAUGAUGAUGAAGAGGAAGAUGAUGAUGUUGACACCAUGCUGAUCAUGCAGCGACUGGAGGCGGAGCGGAGAGCCAGGCAGACUGCUAUGCCAGCAAUCUCUGUUCUAGAUUUGUUGCAGGAUGAAGAGCGCAGGCGCCAGCAACAGUUGGAAGAGAUGCGCAAACGAGAAGUUGAAGACAGAGUAAGACAAGAGGAAGAUGGACGCCAUCAGGAGGAGGAGCGAGUAAAGAGAGAUGCUGAAGAAAAGAGGCGACAGGAAGAAGGGUAUUACAGCCGCCUAGAAGCUGAGAGGCGCAGACAGCAUGAAGAGGCAGCACGCAGGUUGCUGGAGCCCGAAGAACCCGGGCUGAGCCGACCUCCACUUCCACAGGACUACGAGCCCCCAUCCCAGUCCUCAGCACCCAGUGCCCCUCCUCCCCCACCUCAGCGAAAUGCCUCCUACCUCAAAACACAGGCCCUCUCCCCAGACUCGCUGUUCACUGCCAAGUUUGUUGCGUAUGAUGAUGAUGAUGAGGAGAACUACGUCCCAGCAGGUCAGGAUAAGUACCCCAGCACAAGGAAGUCUUAUGGGCACCUUCCUCUUGCCACUCAUAAGCCGCAGCAGCCCCCCUGCCAGCCACGCCCAGCCUCGGAUGGCAUCUCUCUCUGCAACUCGUUCCAGCCACCCUUGGCCAAAGCCCACAGUACUGCUUACAAAGCAGGCCAGCCCCCUCCCCCGCCAGGCAAACCAAGCCUGUAUGGUCCUGGCCACUGGAAAGGUCGAGGACCAAACUCUUAUUCGGGAUCUGCUGGCACAACUGCUGGAACUUAUGAUGCUCCUCGGGACACAAGAGAAAAACUCAGUAGAAGCCAAGAUGCAGACUUAUCUGGUGGUUCUGGAGCCCCUGAAAACCUGACAUUUAGAGAGCGUCAGCGCCUCUUUUCACAAGGUCAAGAUGUGUCUGACAAAGUGAAAGCUUCUCGUAAAUUAACAGAGCUUGAGAAUGAACUCAACACCAAGUGAGAAGAGAGAGGUCACCUGUACUCAAGCAGGUCUGACCUUGGCAGUGGAUUUGUGGGGUGGGCCUGAAGAGGAAGGAACAAAUGUACUUCUAAGUGAUGUUUAAUUUCCUUUUCUGAAAUGGUUGCAAUUGAGAAAUGUUCCAAAUCCAAGAAACAUUGUUUUAUUUUACCAAGAAAAAUCCUGCCUUGUUCUUAGUGAUCGGACUUCGUGAAGUUACCUGUUCUUGUUAGUUUUAGGGAAUCUUGGACUCAAAGGGCAGAAUGAAGGGCUGUAAAGAUGACAGGGUGUUUCCUUUACCCUAUCUUCUCCAUUGUCAUUCCAAGGGCAGUAGGCCUAGAAAUUAUCUUUCCAUUCUUUCUCCAAACUCCAUUCAACUACGCAAUAGUGACAGCUGAGCAUUUCAGAGCACUACUGUGUCAUAGUGGACCCUGUAUACAGGAGACAGACCUCUCAGCACAGGUGAAAUGUUGCCUUUAUCUUCUGUAAUUUGCAUGAGGUGGUCUGAAGGAGUCUUUUUAUGUAAGGUGCACAAUACAACAUUCUUGACAAGUAAGAGCCUCCUGAUCAAUUCUAAAUGUUUGCGAUUGAAUAUCUUAUUAAUAAUUCAAUUUUGAAAAUUCUAAAGAAACAUUUGUGGAUUUAAUCCUAGGGAUUUUAUAAAUACAAAUCAUCAUUAGACUAAUCACUGGUGGAAAUUAAAGAUGACAGUUCUGUUAGAAAGUUACCUAGGUUCCAAAGUCUCUAGGGCGCUCUAAUUACACAGCAUUCUUGCAGGUAGGAGCAAAGACCUCCGAGAAGAAUGGGAGCUCAUGGGUGGCAGUCAAACACAGCUAUCUCAGAAGUUGUAAAUUUAGUAAAGAGAUUUAGAAACACUGUCAGAAAAGGAAGAAGCGUGUUGCUGUGCCUCCUGUGACUUAAGUGCUAUAAGAACACUUGUGUCAGUUGAGUCUGCAUCUCUUUCUCAGUGUAAUAGAGUUAUUUAAUUUUAAUUCCUCAAUUUUGCACUGUCAUUCCUCAGCUGAGUUAUGGGAGAAAGAACUCAGUUUGCUUAUUUUGUGGUAAUGUUGACUUUAUUAUUUCAAGCACAUUUUCUCUUUGAGAAUCCUCUAAUGUGGGUCCAGAUGAUCUUUCUGUAUCAUACUAUUCUCUUACAAAUCUGUGCAUCAGGAAAAUAUGCACACUUUCAAAUAGAACAGAGGUAUUUGCAACCCAAAAAACCACUUUUAAUAAGCGCUGUAUGAUAAAAUGUUGAAAUACAAGUAUAAAUAUUUUUAUGUUUAUCCAGUUUCCUAUUUGAAAGUGUGUCUUUGCUUUCUCCUCUGUAAGAGAAUAGAAUGUCCCAGAGAGCUGAUGAAGGAUUUGCACACUUGUCUUGCCUAGGAAGUGCAUUCUCCUUGUGUCUGCAGCACACUGGCAGCCUUUGGUGGCAUAACAAUACCUCCCAAAGAAGAGCAGGUACCUGCUGUCCCUAGUCCAUGGGAAGACAGAUGCACUCAAGAACCUGCAAGCAUCUGAAAACUCUGCAUGUGUGUUUGUGAGACCUGUAGUGAAGUAGACUUGGCCAUCCCUGGGCAGUGAGGUCAGAUGUGAAUACAUGUUGUAAGAGCGAGUUGAAUAGUGUGUAUUACUGUGGGGAAAUACCCAAACUGCUGUUUCCAUUUCUACUGUAUUUCAGUUGCAGCCUAUUUUUAAUAAACUUUGUAUCUAUUUAAGUGUAUUUGCUAUUGUUUUCAAAGUGCUGACAAAGUUUAUAUUUGUAAUGCCAGCAUUCCUCUUUCCCAUUUCCAUCUCUCACUCCUUCAUUAAACUGCUGAGUCAUUCCUUC